CAAACCUCUUCGAUAUAUUGUACAGUAUUGAUCCUGUUAUGAACACAAUUAUUGCACACAACACUCCACUUAACCGAUUUAUUAUGAGCUUCCAACUCUUCCAAUGUGUCCUUAUUAUUCCAUCUGACACGUCCUCAUAACACAAACACACCGUUAUCAGAUCAAAUCAUAUACAUACAGAUACGUAAUCUAAUAAAUUCUACUCGCUAAAAAUUGUGGCAAAUUAUAUCACCACGUUAUCGCACUAAUUUAUUACACAGAGCCCAAGCGGCAUGUUAUGUGCUAGUGUUUUACAUACAAUUCAAUUGUCAGACCACACAGUUAGUCAAAUCCCAAGGUGAAGUUCAUUCUUCGUGAGAAUCAGAAUUUAUACAACCGAACAAAUUGUUGUUACACUGCAUAAGAAUGGAAGUCGUAGAAAGUUUACCGGAUUUGGUGCUAAAGUGCAAAAAUGCAUUUGCGAAGGAAUUUGGGUGCGAUCCCAUUGUGGGGGCUAAAGCACCGGGAAGGGUUAACAUCAUAGGAGAGCACACCGACUAUAACGAUGGCUAUGUUUUUCCAAUGGCAAUUCCACUUUAUUCUGUGAUGGUUGGGAGGUACAACGGCACCUCUAAAAUCAGGAUAGCAACUUCUGCAGAAGUGGAUAACCCCAAAAGAGUAGAGUUUGACACUCCUUCAAAAGAAAAUCCACUAACUCAAGGGGAACCAAAAUGGGCAAAUUACGUGAAGGGGGUGCUUCAUCAUUUUUCACAUGACAUUUCUGGAUUUGAUGCGUUCAUAAUUUCUAAUGUUCCUUUGGGCGGUGGGCUCUCCAGCAGUGCUUCCGUCGAAGUUGUCACAUGCACAUUUCUUGAAGCUCUUACAGGAAAAUCACUGCUGCUGGCGGACAAGGCUCUUCUGUGUCAGAAAGCAGAACAUACAUUUGCUAAUAUGCCUUGUGGGAUUAUGGACCAAUUCAUCUCGUGCAUGGGUAAAGCCAACUCAGCGCUUCUGAUUGACUGUCGCAGCUUGGAAACAAAAACCGUGACACUGGAAGGUGGCAAAUCAGAUGUGGAUGAUAGCGUCGCCUUUCUUGUCGUCAAUUCCAAUGUGAAACACCAACUGAGUGGUAGUGAAUAUCCUCAGAGGAGAGGCGAUUGCUUUAAAGCUGCCGAACUUCUUGGCGUCAAGAGCUUGAGAGAUGCAAAUAUGACAGCUCUGAGAGACAAAAGAGACGAGCUGGGAGAAAGAGUUUACAAAAGGGGACUUCAUGUCGUCAGUGAGAUCGAAAGGUGUACAAAAGCAGUCAAAGCCAUUGAGGAGAGACAACUCGAAGAGCUGGGGAGAUUAAUGUACCAGUCUCACGUUUCACUGAGGGAUCUUUACGAAGUGUCGUGUCCCGAGUUGGAUGAAUUGGUCGAUAUUACUAUGAUAACCCCAGGAGUCUACGGUUCUAGGAUGACUGGAGGAGGAUUCGGUGGUUGCAUUGUUGCGCUGGUGAAGGCUUCUCAAGCCCCAAAAAUUGUGGAAGAAAUUCACAAGAAUUAUUCCAAAAAAGCCACUUGUUAUGUUUUCAACGGGGUUGACGGAGCGUCUCAAAUUCAACUUUGAGAAAGCAUGGGGUUGGAUAAAGGCAAGACAUACGCAAGAUUUAUCUUACGAUAAAAAUUUGUAUGCAUAAGAACGACAUUUAAAUAUUUUGAUCACAGUAAAUUAAAGUAUGUGUAACUUGUAUAAUGAAUUUAGAAUUCUAGCAACUUUCUAUCCAAUUCACAAAUUAUAUUUUUAAUACUUGGACUAAAACAAAUUCUCAAGACAAGCUUGUUUAUAAAACAUACAUCUUUUAAUUUUAAGUGACUAUAUAGUGUAGACGUAUGUAUAUAUGUAUGUAAAGUACAUGAUAAAUAUGACACGUGUCAGAAUUUUCUUUGUCUCUUUCGUAACUAAUAAAUUAAACCACGUCCAAUA